UCAGUAGCUGCCUCAGCGACAGUCAUCUCACUCCACGUUCAUGUGAAUCAGCUCAGUUCAGAAGAGACGAGGAAGCCUCUAACAAGCAAUGACACUGUCUUGGUCUUUACAAUACAUGCCCGUGAUUGUAGAGAGACGAGGAAGCCUCUAACAAGCAAUGACACUGUCUUGGUCUUUACAAUACAUGCCCGUGAUUGUAGAGAGACGAGGAAGCCUCUAACAAGCAAUGACACUGUCUUGGUCUUUACAAUACAUGCCCGUGAUUGUAGAGAGACGAGGAAGCCUCUAACAAGCAAUGACACUGUCUUGGUCUUUACAAUACAUGCCCGUGAUUGUAGAGAGACGAGGAAGCCUCUAACAAGCAAUGACACUGUCUUGGUCUUUACAAUACAUGCCCGUGAUUGUAGAGAGACGAGGAAGCCUCUAACAAGCAAUGACACUGUCUUGGUCUUUACAAUACAUGCCCGUGAUUGUAGAGAGACGGCUACUGCAGGUUUGGAGGCGUUCGCAGAAUAUUUGAAAAGUCCUGGAAAUAGUGGAACGUCAGAUUUCUGGGCGGGGGAUCAUGUCUGAAGAAACUGUUUCUCAAGAGCUGCGCAGCGCCUCUGAGCUGAGGAUCGUGCUGCUUGGGGGAGGAAGGGCUGGGAAGAGUGAAGCAGGAAACACUAUCCUGGGAAGAGAGGAGGGAAGAUCGGGAUUCAUCUUCUCUGCUGUAACAAAGGAGUGUGAGAAGAAAACAGGAGAAGUGUCUGGGAGACGGGUCACUGUGGUCGACACUCCAGACUUGUUACACGCAGACCGGGUUGAGAUUGAGAGAUGUGUUUCUCUGUCUGCCCCGGGACCCCACGCUUUCCUCCUGGUGAUGCGGGUGUAUACAAAACAAAUACUUGACUCUAUUAAAUUAAUAGUGGAACAGGAUUGUAAAGCCCUGGAAAAAGUGCUGGAGGUGUUUGGUGAGAGAGCUGUGAGGAACACGAUGAUCCUUUUCACCUCCAGGGAUCUGGAAGGCAAGACAAUUGAACAGCGCAUUGAGGAAGCUGGUGAGGAGUUCCAGCAGCUUGUUGAGAAAUGUGGGAACAGGUAUCAUGUUCUCAACAAUCAGGACAGGAGCGAUCGCACUCAGGUCACACAGCUCCUGGACAAGAUAGACAACAUGGUGAAGGGAAGUGGAGGCUGCUACCUCCCAAAUGAGAUUUACCAGCAGGUAGAAGAAAGGAUUAGACUAAAGGAACAGGAGCUGAGUAAGAAACACGAAGAGGAGAUGAAACAGAAAUAUGAGGAGCUGAUGGAGAUGUUGAGGAAGGAAAUGAAGGAAGAGGAGCUGGAGAAAGAGGCAGAGGAAUCCAAGCUGCCUGUCAGGAGAAGGAACAGCAUUGAAGGACAUCGUCCCACCUUGUCUGGAGGUGAAGGAGAGGCUCCCCUUGCAGAUAACCAAGCGCCUCCCAGCCCCCCUGAGCUGAGGAUGGUGCUGCUUGGGAAGACUGGGGCUGGGAAGAGUGCAGCAGGAAACACCAUCCUGGGCAGAGAGGAGUUCAGAUCUGAAGCCAGCUCCUCUGCAGUAACGAGGGAGUGUGAGAAGAGAAAAGGACAAGUGGCUGGGAGACCUGUUGCUGUGAUCGACACCCCAGAGCUCUCUCAGGACAAACUCCAGAUUAGGAGCUGUGUCUCUCUGUCUGCCCCGGGACCCCACGCUUUCCUCCUGGUGAUACCGGUGGACCGAUUCCCAGAGGAAGAGAGGAGAGCGGUGGAGACAGUCCAGGAGAUAUUCAGUGAGGAGGCUGUGAGGAGCUACACGAUGCUGCUUUUCACACACGGUGACAAACUGAAAGGCAAGACCAUUGAGGAUUAUAUUCAGAGAGGCAGCAAGGAGCUCCAGCAGCUUGUUGAGAAAUGUGGGAACAGGUAUCAUGUUCUCAACACUGAGGACAGGAGCGAUCGCACUCAGGUCACACAGCUCCUGGACAAGAUAGACAACAUGGUGAAGGGAAACAACGGCAGCUACUACACCAGUGAGAUGUACCAGCAAGCAGAAGCAAAGAUCAGACAAAGACAAGAGGAGAUACUGAAGGAGAAGGAAGAGACAAUACUGAGGGAGGAACAGGAGCUGAGGGCAAAGCACCUGAAAGAACUAGAGAACACAGAAAUGAAGAUGAGAUUGGAAAUCCAGAAACGAGACCAGAAGAUCAGAGAGCUGGAGGAGAGGAUCAGAGAGCUGGAGGAAGAGCUGAGGAAAGAACAGGGAGAGAAUCUCAGGAUCAAACUGGAGGAAGAGCUGAGGAGAAAGAGAGAGGAGAGAGAAAGGGCGGAGCGAGAGAAGGAGGAUUGCAUGGAGAAGGGGGAGAGAGAGAGGGGAGAGUACGAGGAGAAACACAGGAGAGAGAUAGAGGCGGUCAGGCAGCGCUACGAGGAAAUCAUCAGACCAGAAGCAGAGAGAUUCAAUGAGUUUAUCAGCACAUAUGAAAAGCCCGCUGAAGCGAGAGGAGAAAGGGCAGCACUAGGGGCAGUGAUGAGUGCAGUAGCAGCAGCAAUGAGAGAAGGAGCUGAGGCAGGGGCAGUAUUACACACAGUAUCCAGAGCAAUAAGAGAAGAGACAGCGCUAGGGGCAGUAAUGCACGCUGCAAAGGAAGCAAUAAGAGAAGGAGCAGCUCAAAGGGCAGUGAUCAGUACAGUAGCAGCAGCACUGAGAGAAGGGGCUGCGAUCGGGACAGUAUUGCACACAGUAGCAGAAGCAAUAGAGGCAGCACCACAGGAACCCAGUCAAGAGCAUGUCCGUAUCCAGAAGCCGCACUUGAGGUGUGUGAUCAGCCCCUUCAUUAAAGCAGGUGGGAGUCCCAGGGAGCAGGUUCUGGUUGGCAGCGCUGGCCUGGGAUACAGGGAGGGGAAGGACGGGAGCAACUCGGGGGGGUUGAAAAUGAGGGCUCUGACUGCUGAAGAGGAGAGAACUGGGCGGGGGAUCAUGUCUGAAGAAACUGUUUCUCAAGAGCUGCGCAGCGCCUCUGAGCUGAGGAUCGUGCUGCUUGGGGCAGGAAGGGCUGGGAAGAGUUCAUCAGGAAACACCAUCCUGGGCAGAGAGGAGGGAAGAUCGGGAUUCAUCUUCUCUGCUGUAACAAAGGAGUGUGAGAAGAAAACAGGAGAAGUGUCUGGGAGACGGGUCACUGUGGUCGACACUCCAGACUUGUUACACGCAGACCGGGUUGAGAUUGAGAGAUGCGUUUCUCUGUCUGCCCCGGGACCCCACGCUUUCCUCCUGGUGAUGCGGGUGUAUACAAAACAAAUACUUGACUCUAUUAAAUUAAUAGUGGAACAGGAUUGUAAAGCCCUGGAAAAAGUGCUGGAGGUGUUUGGUGAGAGAGCUUUGAGGAACACGAUGAUCCUUCUCACCUGCGGGGAUCUGGAAGACAAGACAAUUGAACAGCGCAUUGAGGAAGCUGGUGAGGAGUUCCAGCAGCUUGUUGAGAAAUGUGGGAACAGGUAUCAUGUUCUCAACAAUCAGGACAGGAGCGAUCGCACUCAGGUCACACAGCUCCUGGACAAGAUAGACAACAUGGUGAAGGGAAGUGGAGGCUGCUACCUCCCAAAUGAGAUUUACCAGCAGGUAGAAGAAAUGAUUAGACUAAAGGAACAGGAAGAAAGUGAAAUGAAGGAAGAGGAGCUGGAGAAAGAGGCAGAGGAAUCCAAGCUGCCUGUCAGGAGAAGGAACAGCACUGAAGGAUAUCGUCCCGACUUGUCUGGAGGUGAAGGAGAGGCUCCCCUUGCAGAUAACCAAGCGCCUCCCAGCCCCCCUGAGCUGAGGAUGGUGCUGCUUGGGAAGACUGGGGCUGGGAAGAGUGCAGCAGGAAACACCAUCCUGGGCAGAGAGGAGUUCAGAUCUGAAGCCAGCCCCUCUGCAGUAACGAGGGAGUGUGAGAAGAGAAAAGGACAAGUGGCUGGGAGACCUGUUGCUGUGAUCAACACCCCAGAGCUCUCUCAGGACAAACUCCAGAUUAGGAGCUGUGUCUCUCUGUCUGCCCCGGGACCCCACGCUUUCCUCCUGGUGAUACCGGUGGGCCGAUUCACAGAGGAAGAGAGGAGAGCGGUGGAGACAGUCCAGGAGAUAUUCAGUGAGGAGGCUGUGAGGAGCUACACGAUGCUGCUUUUCACACACGGUGACAAACUGAAAGGCAAGACCAUUGAGGAUUAUAUUCAGAGAGGCAGCAAGGAGCUCCAGCAGCUUGUUGAGAAAUGUGGGAACAGGUAUCAUGUUCUCAACACUGAGGACAGGAGCGAUCGCACUCAGGUCACACAGCUCCUGGACAAGAUAGACAACAUGGUGAAGGGAAACAACGGCAGCUACUACACCAGUGAGAUGUACCAGCAAGCAGAAGCAAAGAUCAGACAAAGACAAGAGGAGAUACUGAAGGAGAAGGAAGAGACAAUACUGAGGGAGGAAGAGGAGCUGAGGGCAAAGCACCUGAAAGAACUGGAGAACACAAAAAAGAAGAUGAGAUUGGAAAUCCAGAAAAGAGACGAGAAGAUCAGAGAGCUGGAGGAGAGGAUUGGAGAGCUGGAGGAAGAGCUGAGGAAAGAACAGGGAGAGAAUCACAGGAUCAAACUGGAGGAAGAGCUGAGGAGAAAGAGAGAGGAGAGAGAAAGGGCAGAGCGAGAGAAGGAGGAUUGCAUGGAGAAGGGGGAGAGAGAGAGGGGAGAGUACGAGGAGAAACACAGGAGAGAGAUAGAGGCGGUCAGGCAGCGAUACGAGGAAAUCAUCAGACCAGAAGCAGAGAGAUCCAAUGAGUUUAUCAGCACAUAUGAAAAGCCUGCUGAAGCGAGAGGAGAAAGGGCAGCACUAGGGGCAGUGAUGAGUGCAGUAGCAGCAGCACUGAGAGAAGGAGCUGAGGCAGGGGCAGUAUUACACACAGUAUCCAGAGCAAUAAGAGAAGAGACAGCGCUAGGGGCAGUAAUGCACGCUGCAAAGGAAGCAAUAAGAGAAGGAGCAGCUCAAAGGGCAGUGAUCAGUACAGUAGCAGCAGCGCUGAGAGAAGGGGCUGCGAUCGGGACAGUAUUGCACACAGUAGCAGAAGCAAUAGAGGCAGCACCACAGGAACCCAGUCAAGAGCAGUGAGACAGGGGGUGGUGCUAUUGAACAGGGGGUGGGGUUAUUGAACAGGGGGUGGUGUUAUUGA